AUGACUCCCCCACCCUCAUCGCGGUUUCCGUUGCCCCCACCCAUUCCCGUCGACACACACCCCUAUCGAGCCCCGGGGUCCAACGCUCCUGAACAGGAGCGCAUCCCCGAUCCCAACCGCCUCGCGCCCGAAGAUGCAUACUUUGGGCCAUCCUUGUCAAGGAUUCGCUCGGCGCCUGUGAGUUAUGAUGAGAAUUUGCGCUCGUUAAAUAGUGAUGGGACAGUAUCUACGUUACGGCCUCCACGUGGGGUGCUUGGCGGCGUUUCGAGUCAGAAAGAUGUGAGGAAAUUAGGUGGUGGACGUCGGAGACGGAAGGGUGCUUGGAAAAAGCUUCUGUGGGUGAAACAGUCUUAUCCCGACAACUACACCGAUACGGAGACCUUUCUCGACCAUCUUCAAAGAAACCCGCGAGUCCGACCGUACGACUUCUGGCCACUGGUUGCAGACUCAACCGUUAUUGUGCAACAUGUCUGUUCGGUCGUCAUAUUCGUUUGCUGUUUUGUCGGCAUCGUUCAAGACCGCGUGAGCCCAGUCUCGAUAGUCUGCUGGGGGAGUGUUGGAACUGCCAUGGGCUGGAUUCUUUGGGACAAUUGGAUCUGGAUUGAGCAAAAAGAACUGUCUCAAGGGACGAAUGGUGUCCUUGGUGACGAUGGCUCUAGUUCAAGCUCCAUGACAAGCGCUGUCAACGCGUCCGGCAAUGACACUCAAGCAAAUGGCACAGACGAAAAUGCAAUCCAUGGUCUUGGGUUGACCAUGGCAGGUAACGAGUCCAAAGAGCAUAUGCCCCAGCGGAGUCCCGAGUUGAAUGGCCUGCUGAACCCUUCUUCCCACGCUGGAGCUUCAACUCCUUCCAGUGCGAUGGGUGGCAGCGACGAGUCUCAGAUUGACCGUUCCUCCUUAUUCUCGUCACGCAACCGCCAACGACUAUCGACGGUCAAGUCGGCAUUUUUGAUCUACUUUUCCUUGCUGGGACUUAGUCCUGUUCUCAAAUCCCUUACCAAGUCUACCGCCAGCGACUCUAUCUGGGCGAUGAGUUGCUGGCUCUUAAUCAUGAACAUAUUUUCCUUUGACUACGGACGUGGUGAAGGCGCAGGCGCCACCAAGUUCCCAGCUUCUCUUUCGACCAACGCGGCCGUGAUGGCCUCAACGGUACUCGCGUCUCGUUUACCAUCAACUACCCAUGUAUUCAGUCUGAUGUUGUUCUCCAUGGAAGUUUUCGGGUUGUUCCCCAUUUUCCGUCGCCAACUGCGGCAAAAGUCGUGGACAGGCCAUGUUCUUCUUUCCCUCGCUCUAGUCAUCAUUGCUGGAGGCGCAGUUGGCAUGACUCUAAGUGGUGGAUGGGCAUCCGCCAUAAUUGGGUCCGUCCUUGGCAGUAUCCUGACUGCACUCACAUUGGGAGGCUGCAGCUGGUGGCUCAUCAGCCUGCAGAAGUAUAAGAAUGUGGUCAUCGGUCCAUGGGAUCCAGCGCGUCCCAUUAUUCGACGGCACUGGAACUAA